AUGGAAUAUUCAAUCGAUGAGUCGUUACAAAUGAUCAUUGAACAAAGAAGAGAAUUACGCAUUCAACGUAUUGAUGCGUUAUUAAAAGAAUUCGAUACAUUAGAAACCAUGAUUGACAUGAAUCAAUCCUAUGUUAACUUGUGUUAUAAAUAUGAACAAAUCUUCUCUCUUUGGGUUUACGUUCAUAAGGAUUUUCAACCUGAUGAAUUAUCGAAGCAAGAAGCCAUGAUAUGGCGUUUAAUGCCCGCUAUCUUAUUAUGUUAUAAACAUUAUUUAAUUAAAAAACGUGAAAAUAUGGAUAAAGAUGGUAUAAAUAUGAGCGAUAGACCUGUUUACAAUUUGCGUUCACUUCCUAAAUCAUCUGCUCGAUCCGAUUUAGCGUUAAUUCGUCAGAUUGGUACUAAAAUUUUAAGACUUUUACGACUAAAGAAAAAAGAUUCUUCCAAAGAAUCGAUGACAAAUUUUGAGAAAAUCCGAUUAUCAAUCAAGUUUGAAAAUAAACUUCAAAAACUUUCGGAAAAUGAAUUAAAAUUAGAAUGUAAAUCCUUGGUGAAAAAAUUUCGUAAAGCUACCGCACAAUUUAUUCAUCGUCACUCUACCAACGAGCUUCAAUUAAUUCCUAAUAAGAAAAAGCAAAAAUGGAUUGAACAAGUUAAAAAAUUAGUAACUGAAAUCGAAAAACCUUCUAUUAUUGAUAAUGAUGUCAAACAUAACCUUGGUGAUGAAGAUUCAAGAAUUCAAACGGAAGACAACCCUACGGAGGAUGUGAUUGAAGACGAGAGAAUUAACGAAAUUGAAAUAAGCAGCAAGGUAUAA